GCAAUCAAUAUUUUGGCCUAGCACCCCUCAUAUUAAUCUCGAAUAACCUCGCGAGAUAAGACAUGGUGGACAACAUUUUGAAAAGUAGUGAAUUUCUCCACAUUUUUGGAAAAUACUGAGUAUACCAUGUCUGGAUCUGGACAACAUCAGGGUCAGACUGAUCCUAAAGUAGUACGAAACAUUGUAGACCGACUGAAGAGCCAAGGGUUGUUUGACAAGUUCCGAAAAGAAUGCCUUGCUGAUGUAGAUACAAGGCCAGCUUAUCAAAAUCUUCAACAGAAAGUGGAAAACUUUGUUACAAAUUAUUUGUCAAAACAAGAAUGGCAUCCAAGCUUAAACAAAAACCAACUCCGGGAAAACUUGAGGAAACAAAUUUUAGAUUCUGGUAUGCUUGUGUCUGGAGUUGACAGGAUUAUAGACCAGGUUAUACAGCCAAAGAUCUACACUGUUUUCAAGCCUCAAAUUGACCAGGUGGUUUGUGAGUACUUGGGAAUCGACCCAGAAGAGAGGAAGAAGAGGAUCAACCAGCUGGAGCAGAAGAAGGCACAGAAAGCAUUGAACCAAGAACUGAGAAAGCAGAGACAUAGUGAUGAUGCAGGAACAGAAAGUGAAGGGAAUGCUCACUUUGAUAGUAGUGAUGGUGGCUUCAAAACCGAUUCCCAAGAAUAUCCCCCGAGUCUCUUGACUAUGGAUCCCACCAAACCACCACCAGCCAUACCAGGUUCCAUGAUGAACCAAAUGAACAUGCCCAAUAUGCAAAUGGGAAAUAUGAAUAUGACCAAUAUGAAUUUUCCUGGAAUGGGUCCUCCUGGACCUUUCGGAUUGCAGCAAUAUGGAAGUUUCAAUCCCAUGAUACCCCAGACCCAGUUUUCCAUGAUGCCACCAAAUAUGGGCCAGUUUAUGAACAAUAUGGGUAACAUGGGUGGUUUCCCCCAAGGUAACUUCAUGAGUAUGGACCAAAGUAUGGGUGGUAUGGCAUAUCCCACGGGUAUGAUGCCUGAUGCCCCUCUUCCAACUGAGGAAGCCCCUCCUCUACCCGAAGAAGAACCCCCCUCUCCUAAGGCAGAUACAAAAAAGAAGAAAAAAGAUAAAUCUAAAAAGAAGGAGGAACCAGAUAAAUAUGACAUAACAUAUCUCCUUGAUAUCCCCUUACCAAAAGGGGAUUCUCCAUUAAAGAAACCAACAAAGAAAAUCCCUGUCAAGUCUGACAAGGGGAGGGACACACCUGAUAGUACAAAAGGCUCAAAGAAACAUGGUGCAGACAAUGAAGACAUUUCAACUCCAAAAGAUGGAGAAGAGGAGAUCCAGACAGUGAUAAUCCAGUCAGAACUGGAGCAGACUGGUGAAAACCAGACUGAGGUUGUCCUUGAAGAAAUCCCAAUACCACUUGAGAAAAAAUACCAAUUUGAUUGGCAAGAUGAAAACUUUGACAAUGUGAGUGAUGUCACUGUAAGCAGUGUCCACACAAGUGAUUUAUCAUCAUUUGAGAUGAGCUCCGAUGAUGAUGAUGAUGACGUUAAUGAAGAUGCUGACUAUGAAGGUGACCAGGAGAACACAGAGGGUGAAGAGAGGGAUGGUACAGAGGAUGAGUCUGCAGAGAGUGCAGAGGAGGGAGAUACAACAAUGGAAUCUGAGACAACUGAAGCCCAAGUGGUACACCUUGAUGAGGGUCAGCUAGAGACAGUUGAGAUGGAGAUAGCACCAAAUGAGGUCGUCCAAGUAGCUGAGGUUGAGAUCAAGCCAAGCAAACCACGCAGGCUGAUAUCCCUGACUUAUAAUCUAAGUGACUCAGAAGAGGCUGACGAAACCCGAGAGGAGCGCAAGGCUCGAAUAGCUAAAGAAAAAGAAGAGCGCUACUUACAAAGGCAACAACGACGAGCUGAAAUCGAGGCUAAACAGCGGCAGAAAGAUGAGGAAAGAAGACGUAAAGCUGAGGAAAGGCGAAAGCAAGAAGAAGCUGAAAAGAGAGAAGAAUCAUCCCAGGAAGAAAAUGAAGAGGAACCAAUGGAAGAAGAGUCUAAAGAAAAGGAAGAGGAAGGAAAUGAGAACGUGGAAGAUAUUGCCAAAGCUGAUGGUGCUGAAGAGAUAAAAGUUGCAAGUCAAGAACUGAACACUGAAGACACACACACAGAAGAAUCAGAAUCUGCCAGUGAACAAUCCCAAAGCCAAGGUGAACAAUCUAACAGCCAAGGUGAACAAUCAAAUUCGGAGGAGCAAUUACAAAAAUCAGAAGAACAAAUAGAAACUGCAGAAACACAAGUUGAAAAUUCUGAAAAGCAAACAAGUAAUCCUGAAGAACAAUCAAAAACGCAUCAAGAACAGUCUCUGAAUUCAGAUGAAAUAUUACAAAAAACAGAUGAACAAAAUGCAGAGUCAGCCAUUUCUGUCAAACUUCCAAACUCUGAUAAUGAAGGUGAGAACAAACUUGAGGAGAGCCCAAUAAAACAACCAACUAGCCCUAACAAACAACCAGGUAGCCCCAUCAAGCAACCUGGAACUCCAACCAAACAGGCAAAGAGUCCUAGAAAGAAACCAGAGAGUCCAAGGAAAGCCCUGAAAGCAAAGCGAACAAAAGAAGCUCUCAAAGAGCAAUUACGUGAACAAAAGGUUAUGGAAAAGCGAAUGGCCCUGCGGCGACAACGAACAAGGAACAAAAAAUACUUGUCUGAAGAUUUUGAAUCUAUUUAUACUCAAAAGACUCCUUUGAAUGACAGUUAUACUGAAGUAAUAGAAGCUGAAAAUGUUCAAGAAUCAGUGGAAAUUUCCACUGCAGAUAGUGCUGACACCUAUGAAGAAGUGGAUUACAUGCAAGGGAUACCAAUGCCACUUGACACUAAAUCACCUGCGACGCCUACUCAAGAUGAACAUUUUGCUUAUGUUGAAGUCCCAGAGGGUGAGGUAGUUCUCAUCGACCAAUCAAAUGUCCCAGUUAUUGAAGUUCCCAUGGCGACCGAGUCAGUUAGCAUCCAUAAUACUAGGUCAAGGUCACGCCAACAAGGUGAGAUGGGUCGACCUGACACCCCUCAAAGUGAUGUAUCGGAGCUGUCUAAGAGUGGAUCUUGGUCUGGUUCAAGGGGAAGAAGGUUGAGUAGACCAAGCCUAGGAACCCCAGAGCAAAGGCCUAACACAGGAACACCUGAGGGAAGACCUCAUAGUGGAGGGAGUGGAAGGCCUAGGACUCCUGAUGGAGAUCCAGCAGAAGGGAGACCCAAACGUCGUCCAACUCAGAGAUAUGACGUAUCUGACCUGUAUAAACCACGGACAAGUAUGCGACGUCAGUCUCCAACUCAAAGUGUCAAUAGUAUUGCCAGCAGUAGAUCCAGACGUACAGACUCCAGGCAGUCAAGGAGUAGAAGUCGUUCAAGGAGUGAAUCCAGUAGUACGUCACGUAGCAGGUCACGCAGUAGGUCACGUCAUAGGAGGUCACGCAAGAGAUCAAGGUCCAGAUCCAGGUCUUACAGCAGUUCUAGUAGUUAUUCCCGAUCCAGCAGAUCAUACAGUAGAUCAUAUAGUAGAUCAUACUCGAGAUCGAGAUCUAGAUCAUACUCAAGAUCAAGGUCACGAUCACAUAGCGCAAGAUCAACUAGUAGGUCGCGUAGUGACCAUUCAAGAUCAAGAUCUCAAUCCCAAAGUGCAACAUCAACAUCUCAAAAGCACAGAUCACACAGUCGAUCUCGUUCUCGUAGCACGUCAUCUAAAGAGUCAGGAGAGGCUGGGGAUUCUUCACCAGAACCCGUAGAAGAUAGAGAGGGCUCAAAAUCCCCUAACAGACCUGUGAAACCUAUUGAUGAGAUUGAUUUUGGACAGGCUGCUAGGAAUGCUGAUGUUCGGGGAAUCAACUUCAAUCAGCGAGGACGAGGGAUGGGACGUGGAAGGGGAGGUCCAACUUUAAAGCCGACACCUGAGUAUAUAUUCUUUGGUGAAGCUGAGAGAAGAGCCCGAUCUGGAGGUGGUGCCGAUAGAUUCGUAGCCCAGCGUGGCAGAGGGGUUUCAAUGUCACCACUCCGUGGGAGGGGAGGCAUGACCCCCAGGGGUAGAGGCUUACCCCCAAGAGGUAUGGGAAUGCGGGGGAGAGGGAGCUCUUCAAGGGGACCCCCAGGACCAGAUAUGUAUGACUAUGAGCCUUAUGAUGACUCACCCUACCAUCCUAGGACCAGAUCAUCAUAUGACUCUGAUAGUCCCCGUUACAGACCCCCCUCUCCUGGUGGCUCAGGGGGCAGGAGGUGGCAGGGUCCCCCUAGAGAGAGAUCUCCACCUGGACCUUACCAAUCCCCACACAUGGGAUCUCCUCCAAGAAAACUCAGAAGCUAUAAUCCCGAAUACUCACCCCCAGGACCGCCUUCCCCUCCAAGCAUGGGUCGACCAAGGAGACGUCCCCCUUCUCCACCAGGGGGCCCACCCUCACCCCCACGUGUUACAAGAAGGGUUAGGAGACCCAUCACUCCACCCCCAGAGCCAGAGAGAAUGAUGACAAGAGGUAGACAUAGUAUAGAUGAUCCACCUGAACCUCCACCCCCUAAAAGACUGAGGAAAAUCUGAAUGCUGCACACAAUAUGAAUGAUAUAGUACAAUGUGAAGAAUAACUAUUGCUAAUGUCAAGAUUGAACAAUGUACAAUGUGGCUAAUGACAUUAUUGCACAAUGCCAAUUGCCAAUAUAUUGUUGGCUAAUGUCAUGAAUGAACAAUGUACAAUAACAACGAUGAUUUGCUUAUAAAAUGCAAUGAACUUGGUAAUUUAUUUUAAAAUUAACCUGAACACUGAUAAUUUCCAAAUUUCCUAUUAUCUGAAAAUAUUAGAUUCUAUGACAUUAACAGUAAGAAAGAUACCAUGCUUAACCACAUGUGCAAUUUCCAAUUUAUCUGUACACAUAUCCAUUGUGUUAUGAUUACCACUCUGUAAUGAAUUAAUACAUGUGAUGGUUAAUAUUAUGGUUUGAAACCAUUAUGAGAGGCAUUUGGAAUUUAGUGUCUCGUAUUUAUAUCAAAAUCAUAAAAUGUUUUUGUUAUAAGAAAUGUCAUGUCUGACAACAUAUAUUGAUAAUAGAGAAGGUGUGUUGAAUCACAUGUAUUUUCAUCCUGGUCACUAAUUAUCGUAUAGCGUGGUUUGUUAUUAUCACUUAUGUAUAAAUAGGACUAUAUGUUUAGCAUGACUAAGUGUGGCUUUGAAGUGGUAACACUUCAAUAUAAAGCUACCCUUUGCAUUUGUUCGACUUCACUUCCUAAAAGAGAGCUUCGUCUUCACUCUUUCAGUUUACAAUAAAUAUCUGAUCUCAUCGAGCCAAUCAGAGUUCGUUGUCGAAAUGUGGACGACUUUCUAU